UACAUAUUUUUUAUAAAACCAUAAAUGUUUAAAAAUGUUUUGGUAAAUAUAAACAUUUCAGAGGUUUCUACAUCUGAAUGAAACUUUUAAAAUUUAUUAUUAUUUAAAUUUAGGAGACACUUCUGCAAUAAGCCAGACAAGCACCAGUAAAGUUAUUCAUCAGUUUUGUAAAUUUUUUAUUAAAUACUACAGCUAUCUUGUAAAACGGUACAGUAGCCAAGAGGAAAUGGUUGAAGUAAAAAGAAGAUAUUUUGAAGCUUGGGGAGUAAAGGGUCUUUUGGGUCUAAUUGAUGGUACAAUGGUGCCCAUCAAAGGAGCCACAGGGGCUGAUGAGCCAGCUUUUAUUUGCAGAAAGGGCUAUUCUGCUAUAAACUGCCAGUUUGUUGUUGAUCCAGAUAGACAGUUCCGAGAUGCUGUUAUCAAAUUUCCAGGUUCGUGUCACGAUGCUUUUGUUUAUUCAAAUUCAACUUUGAAACAAACAUUGGAGCUUGAUCCAGCUUCAGGUUUUCUUUUCGGUGAUUCAGGCUAUGGGUUAUCACCUGUCAUGAUUACUCCAUUUAGUCCUGCAUGAAACCCUGAAGAAAUCUUGUUUAACAAAAUUCACUCAAGGGUUCGAAGUGAAAUAGAACGUUAUUUUGGCCGUCUUAAAAACCGAUGGAGGUGUCUACAUAAAAGUGGUGGAACACUUCAAUAUACCCCAUCCAAGUGCUGCUCAAUAAUUUAUACUUGUGUAAUACUCGAAAACAUGUGCAAUUCACUUGGUUUAGAAGAUCCAGACAACGUAGUAAUUAUUGAGGAUGCA